CCUGUGCAUCGCAGACCCUGAGACGAUGUUAUGGACCUUUCUUUUGGUUAGUCACCGAUCGUUUGGACGUCGGCCUCCUUGGCUCGACAUGGCGAGAAUCUAGGUACUCUCUCACUUGCCCUCAGGCUGAUCCAUAUUCAACACUCACCCCCAUGGAUACUGUGGGCAUUGCUGGACCAUGGGGGGAGUUUGUGGAGCAGUACUUUUCAGAAUUCCCUGAGCUCGCUUAUGAGAACAUAAAUCUUGAUGUUCUGGGCUAUGGUCCAUGGUCACCAUACACUCCAGUUGGUCCAUUGGACCAAUAUCAGUACAAUUCCAACAAUCAGCCUGGGCAUCUCCAGUUACUUGAAGAGCAGUACCCACAACCAGGUCAAGCUUUGCCUGAACAUGAACCCUCAGUAGGAUUAGAUGCACUUGAAGAAUACAUCAAUUGGUCCCUGUACCAAGGUGCACCUGUCAGUGCAGAGUAUCCACUCCUUAACAAUGAGGCAUCCAGCCAGCUAUGUCACAGUACUAGUACUGUAGAUGACCCUAGCAAGGCAUCUACCAGUAUGCCAGCUCCAGGUCCUCCAAGCGCUCCAAACGCCCCGGGACCGAGCCCAUUUAUGUACUCCCCGACCUCCGCUCGACCCGUCGGCGUGGUCGAGCUAAGCGGUGCCCCCAGCACCCAGGCGAUCGUACGACGAUCGGCGAAGCGUACGACCGCGAUCGCCUGCUUCUUCUGUCGCAAACGGAAGAUCGCCUGCGGCGGGCCUCUCGCGGGCAGCUCGGGAAGGACCUGCGUGCAAUGCAAGCGGCGAAACCAACCCUGCGAGUACCCGGAAUCUCGCUCUAAUAGGCAUGGGCUGCGAUUCAAGGCGGUACAGCUCAGCGACGCUGUUGAACAGGCGGGACAAUCCACGGCGACAGAAGCAAGAUCUGGAUUGAAGAGCGAGUAGAAUACUAUUAUGUGAUACAAAAGGCUGGGCGUUACAUGCAGUAUUUAGAAGGAGAAUAGUCGUACCACGGUUGUUGGACUGGAGAGAACAGCGCUGCAGACAUUCCG